AUGGCGAUGCGCGCGCCGGUGUCCAUGACGCCGCCGCCCCGCCGCGCGUCGUGCGGCGGCCAGCAGACGGGGGAGGCCAAGACGCUCAGCGGCGGCGGCGGUGGCUGGUUCUACCACACGGUGUCGGCCGCCACGCCCACGGAGAAGCGCAAGGCCAAGCUGUUCCACCAGGAGGCGGGCGAGCGCGAGCCGCAGGCAUGCGCAGACGACAGUAGCGACAGCAGCGACGACGACACGGCCUCGCAGCAGUACGUGUGGAGCGUGGGCUCCAGCCGCAGCCGCAGCGUGCGCCGCAGCAGCGUGGACAGCGCCGGCACCGUGCAGUUCGAGCGCACGCGGGAGAUCGCCGGCAACCUGCAGGACAGCAUCUUGGCGCGCAUCUCGACGCUCCGAGCGCUGUGUGACGAGGGGUUCAUCACCGAGGAGGAAUACGAACGACGCAAAUGUGCCAUCGUGGACGAACUCACGUUCUCGUCGCUGGCGCCGGCGUCGAGCACGCAGAACACGGUCACGCAGAGGAGACGCAUGUCGUUCCGACGGACGGAAGGUUUGCCGCUGAUCGUGCCGCACGCCCCGGACUUCCGUGAGAUCAGUCCGGAGCUUGCUAUCAAGCACGUGUUCAACUACGCUACGCGUCAGUGGAGCACUACCCAAGUGUGCAUCAACUUGGACGAGACACCUUUUAGCAAGGGAAGUCUGCGGAUUGUCUAUCACCUGCAGGACCUCAGCAUUGAGAGCUCCGCGAGCUUGUCCAAUGGAGGCUGCUACACAGGCAGCUAUGUGGCCAAGCUGGCCAUCGACCCAGACGAAGAUCCGCAGACGUAUUUCAGGGACAUCGAGCUGCAAGCUCACUGCGCGCACUACGCGCAAGUGUACAACUCGUACACGCCACCCAAGCGCGUCGAGUUCAUCCCAGCUUGGGUGCUCGAGUUGCCCGAGCGGAAUGGCGCACUCUGCGCAGUUGAAGCCUACAUCCCUGGCGAGUACCGCAAGCACAAUAACAACUUCGGGUCGGUGAGUGACGACGAGCGCAACACACCUCAAGCUUUCUCUCACUUCACGUAUGAGGCCUCGAACCACGAGUUGCUGGCUGUCGACAUCCAAGGAGUCGGCGACCUGUACACGGACCCGCAAAUCCACACACUCAACGGCCACGACUUCGGCAAGGGCAAUCUCGGCGUUCUGGGCUUCCAGAAGUUCCUCUCGUCGCAUCGGUGCAACUCCAUUUGCCGCUACCUGAAGCUACCAGCAGUGAACCCCAAGUCCCGACAUGCCGACUCAGGCACUCUACCGGUGCAGGAGCUGAUGAACCGAGAUCGCGUACGACCAACGCAUUUCGACUCGCGGCAUUACUACGAGAACGCGCCCAUGCUGCAGAAGUACGUGACGCAGUGCCGCGAGAUGGACAGUCGGUUGUCCGCCUCAUCCUCGAGUUGCUCCAAGCGAUCUCGAAAGCGUCGCAGCCGUCAGCCGUCUGGUUUCGCGCACUUCUGCAAGGCGCUGUUCUGCGGGGGCUGCUAA